UCAGGCAUGGCGGUCCUAGGACCUGUAGCGGAGUAAACAUUUGCCCUAAUGAUGUUUUAACUUGACACUAGAGAUUUUAAAGCCUGUUAACAUAGAAAGGUCAGCUACUAUGUGCCCCCUCUGCCUAUUAGUUGUAUAAAUGUUAACGUUAACAGACGGAACGCUUGUCUUUGCCGUACAAAGUCAAGGAAUCUAUAUACUUAGCGUCAUAUUAUCCUAGCACAGGAAGCUAGCAAUCGCGGUGCAAAACCCAUCUAACGUUAAUCUCUGGCAUUCUCCGGGAGGCCGGGAGAGCAACCAUGCAAGGUGAAACCACAGGAAUACGAAUGUCUGAAAGCGAAGGAAAACUCGACGGCCUAACCCAGAGCAGGACACAGGGCUCCAUUGCAAGAGGAAGCUCUAAAAGUUGGCAAUACAGUGAUCACAUGGAAAAUGUCGAUGGCUAUUUGAUGAAGUAUACCAACCUGGUCACUGGGUGGCAAUACAGGUUCUUUGUCCUUAACAAUGAGAUGGGAGUCUUGGAGUACUUUGUCAAUGAACAGUCACGAUCUCAGAAACCACGAGGGACAUUACCUCUGGGGGGUGCAGUGAUCUCUCCCAGUGAUGAGGACUCGCACACGUUCACCGUAAAUGCCAUCAGUGGAGAGCAGUACAAACUCCGAGCUGCCGAUGCCAAAGAGAGACAGCACUGGGUGAGCCGGCUACAGAUAUGCACACAGCAUCAUACUGAAGCCAUGGGAAAGACCAACCCUCCCCUGAAGAGCCGCAGCCUGUCUGUGGCCUCCCAGGGCAGUGGCUCUCCCAGCUCUCAGCGCCGGAGCAUCAGCCAGAACACCGGCUCCGUCUUUGGCAUCUCCCAGUUGCACCGCGGUUCCACCUCCCCUUACUCCAGUAAACGCUCGCUCUUACCAGACCACCUGCUGGAGGCCCGAGAGAUGAUGAAUCAGGCUCAGGGGCAGCACAGGGACCUGAUCCUCAGCAUCGAGGGCCUGCCGCCGUCCGCCGGGCCCUCUCCACUGGACCAGGACCUGCUGCUGCUCAAGGCCACGUCUCUGGCCACCAUGACCUGCCUGAGCGACUGCCUGCACAUCCUCCAGCUGCAGCAGGUGGCACGCCAGAGGAUUCCCCUGGGAGGGCCCACCAUCGAGUGGCUGGAGCCCAAGCUGCCCGACCUGCUGAAGAACGGCAGCUCUCUGAGCAGCCUGGCCAAGGAUGACGCCGACAAGACCGAGGGGGCCGUGCUGGAACCCCUGGAGAUGGACUCCUGCGACGCCGCCGGGGAGCAGGAGGAGAUCAACGCGGACGAGGAGCUGGAGGACUCGGCGCCGGACGAGGAGGAGGAGCUGGCUGCCGUGGAGGAGGAGCGCAGCGUCAUCCUGCACCUCCUGUCGCAGCUCAAACUGGGCAUGGACCUGACACGGGUGGUCUUGCCCACGUUCAUCCUGGAGAAGCGCUCGCUGCUGGAGAUGUACGCCGACUUCAUGUCGCACCCGGACCUGUUUGUGGCCAUCACGGACGGGCCCAGCCCGCUGGAGCGCAUGGUGCGCUUCGUGGAGUACUACCUGACCUCCUUCCACGAGGGCCGCAAGGGCGCGAUCGCCAAGAAGCCCUACAACCCCAUCAUCGGCGAGACCUUCAACUGCUCCUGGCGCGUGCCCAAGGCAGAGGCGGGCAGCGCCGCCGGCACCCCCCCGCCGGGCCCGCCGGAGGCCUCGGACUCUUACCUGCUGCGCUUCGUGGCCGAGCAGGUGUCCCACCACCCGCCCGUCUCCGGCUUCUACGCCGAGUGCCAGGAGAGGAACAUGUGCGUCAACACCCACGUGUGGACCAAGAGCAAGUUCAUGGGCAUGUCCAUCGGGGUGUCCAUGAUGGGAGAAGGCUGCCUGCAUCUGCUAGAGCACGGAGAGGAGUACACCUUCACGCUGCCCUCGGCCUACGCCCGCUCCAUCCUCACGGUGCCCUGGGUGGAGUUGGGGGGGAAGGUCAACGUUAACUGCGUCAAGACGGGCUACUCUGCUGCCAUCACAUUCCAGACCAAGCCCUUCUAUGGUGGCAAGCUGCACAGAGUGAGCGCCGAGGUGAAGCACAACCCCACCAAUGCGGUGGUGUGCAGAGUGCAGGGCGAGUGGAACGGCGCACUGGAGUUCAGCUACACCACUGGCGAGACCCGCGUCAUCGACGUCACCAAGCUGCCCGUCACCCGCAAGCGCGUGCGCCCUGUGGACAGCCAGGGCCCCUAUGAGUCCAGGCGCCUGUGGCAGCACGUGACCGAGUCGCUGAGGCAGAGGGACAUCGAGAAGGCCACGGAGCACAAGCGCUUCCUGGAGGAGCGGCAGAGGACCGAGGAGAGGCAUCGCACAGAGACCCACACACCCUGGAGGACCAAAUGCUUUGAGAGAAAAGGUGAAGGCUGGGUGUAUUAUCAGCCGCUGUGGAAGACAGCCGGCCAGAGCCCGUCACUGAGCACCUCUCAGAGCACCUCUCAGACCAAUCUCUGAGCUCCCCGUGAGGCUCAUGGCACCCCCAACCCAACCCAACCCAACCCAUCUUCCUCUUCCCCCCAUCACAUGUUCCAUCUCUUCACUCUAAGGACAGACCCCUCUCCCCUCCCCUUCCCAUACCCACUCUUCAAAUGAUUUGCUUAUUCAGGUUGUGAGACUGUCGUGCAUCAUGGAAUGGUGGAACCUGCUCUCCUGGCAGAGUGAGGCACUUGUGAUUUCUUUGCAUCCCCUUGAUUGGAGAUUUUCUUGUGUUUGUUUUUUGUUUGUUUGUUUGUUUUUUGUAUCAUUUAUGUGCUGACUGCUCUCUGGACUGUCCCUGGGUGCACACAGAUAUCCUUUUGCUGACGUUGCCUUAAAUGAGAUGUGCUUGUUGUUUAUGUGCAAUGAGUGAUGGUGUUCUAUUGGGUGGUGGUUGGACCCGUCUCGUUUGUUGUUUGUUGGUUUGUCUGUUUGUUUGUUUUCCUCUCCCAUCUGAACUGGUGCCACAUUUAACACUGACUGUGGCGUCAGUUCAGUUUUAAACUGAUAUUUGAAAUAUAUAGUUUUUAAAAUGAAAAAUAAACUAACGGUUCAAAUGGAGUGAUAAGCUGAUGGGAAUGAUGAAUGAUGAAGGAUCCUCAGCAGCUUAGGGAAUAUUUCAUGUUCUUGUUGCAGGAUGCUGUGGAGCUUUGAUUAAAGACUGUAUGUAACAAG